AGCUCGCUCGAUCAUUUCAUUUCUCGAGGCAGGCAAGCUAGCUAAGAUUCGAUCAAUGGCGCUCCGACGCCACGCGGCACUUCUCUCCUUGGCAGUAGUACUACUGUUCGCCGGCCUCGCCGCCGCGUCGCCGACGUCCCAGAACACCGGCGACACCGUGAUCUUUUGGGGACGGAACAAGGACGAGGGCUCCCUCAGGGAGGCCUGCGAUACCGGCCUCUACACCACCGUCAUCAUUUCCUUCCUCAGCGCCUUUGGCUACAAGCCCGGGUACUACAAGGUCGACAUCUCCGGCCACCCGGUCUCCGCCGUCGGCCCCGACAUCAAGUACUGCCAAUCCAAGGGCAUACUCAUCCUCCUCGCCAUCGGCGGCCAAGGCGGCGAGUAUUCCCUCCCGACCCCACAGGCGGCCGUUGAGCUGAAUGACCACCUCUGGUACUCCUACCUCGGCGGCCACCGCAACGGCGUCUAUCGCCCGUUCGGCGACGCCAUCGUCAACGGCAUCGACUUCUUCAUCGACCAGGGCGGCAGGGAGAACUACAACAAGCUAGCCAAGCUGCUCUACGCGCACAACAAGGACUACCGCGGCACGGUCGGGGUGAUGCUGACGGCGACGACGCGGUGCGAGUACCCGGACCACCGGCUGGAUGAGGCGCUGGCGACGGGGCUCUUCCACCGCAUCCACGUCAAGAAAUUCAGCGAUGGCCGGUGCCCGGCAUCGUCCUGGAUACAGUCGUUCCAGAAGUGGGCGAAGAUGUACCCGCAGAGCCGUGUCCUGGUCGGCGUCGUGGCCUCGCGGGAGGUGGACAGGGAGGCCUACAUCUCGCCAGAGGACCUCAAGAAAUUGAUGCAGUACGUCUUCAGCAAGCUGCCCAACUUCGGAGGCGUCAUGGUCUGGGACAGGUUCUACGACGAGAAGACCGGCUUCACGGGUCGCCUGCGAGCGUAACUGGUCGCGACAUUUGAAGCCCGUUAAUUCCUUACUAUGAGAUCAAUAAAAAAGCUUUUGUGGAGUACUCCACAAAUAAAGUCAUGUAAUAAUAAAUAAACAUAUUGUGUAUACUAUAAAGAUUUGUGUGUUGGGUAAUGUAUGUAAUCAAUAAAUAAAGCGAGGUACGAUGAUACCUCGAGUAAAAUAAAUAAAGAGCUUUGAGAUUAAUAAA